CUUGCAGGCAAGCGCCAGGCACCGCCAAGCCCUCCCCUCCCCUGCCGCUGAGGAAAACGGGAUGCCACAAACAGGCCGCGACAAGCACUGAAGAGCGCAGCCGCCACGAAGCGCUCCCGUCCCCUUCAAGAAAGCCUGUCAGGCUCCCCGUGAUUUCCCCUCCUGCCGCGGAGCCGAGUUGGCGAAACUGGAGAGGACAGGCCCGUAGAGGCGAUUGGUCGACGAGCUGCGCGAGGUGCGCUCCGAUUGGUCGACGAGCUGCGCGAGGUGCGCUCCGAUUGGUUGCGAGGGGCGGCCGUGUGCCCCGCCUGCUUCCUUGGGGCGGGCCGGGCCGGAAUGCCUCGGCUGUAGUUUGGUUGAGGAACGGGCCCGGCGAGGGAAGAGGCGAGGGUCCAUAUAUUGGCUGACUGACCUUCCCGGCUGACUGGCCACAUCACCCUCAUGCCACUUGGACUAGGACGUCGGAAGAAGGCCCCACCACUGGUGGAGAAUGAGGAAGCUGAGCCCAUUCGGAGUGGCCUGGGUGGGGUGGGGGUAGGUGGUGUUAGUGGUGUGGCUGCUCUUCAGCCUGGCCUUCCCCCACCACCAGCCAACCUCCGCCCCCGCCUUGUUUUCCAUACUCAGCUGGCCCAUGGCAGUCCCACUGGCCGGAUUGAGGGCUUCACCAAUGUUAAGGAAUUGUACAGCAAAAUUGCCGAAGCCUUCAAAAUCUCACCACUUGAGGUGAUGUUUUGCACCUUAAAUACCCAUAAAGUGGACAUGGACAAGCUUUUGGGUGGCCAAAUUGGCCUGGAAGAUUUCAUCUUUGCUCACACAAAGGGCCAGAGGAAAGAGGUUGAGGUUUUCAAGUCUGAGGAGGCGCUGGGCCUGACCAUCACAGACAAUGGUGCUGGCUAUGCUUUUAUCAAGAGAAUCAAGGAAGGCAGCGUUAUAGACCGGAUUCAAGUCAUCAACGUUGGGGACAUGAUCGAGUCCAUCAAUGGUCAGAGCCUCAUCGGGUGCCGGCAUUACGAGGUUGCCAAAAUGCUGAAGGAUUUGCCCAAGGGCCGCACUUUUAUAAUGAAGCUCACCGAGCCCCGGAAGGCUUUUGAUAUGAUCAGUCAGAGGUCUGCGGGAGCCAAACACAGUGGGAGCACUCAGCUUGGCACAGGAAGGGGCACUCUGCGGCUUCGGGCCAAGGGACCAGCCACUGUCGAGGAACAGCCAUCUGCAUUUGAAGAGAAAGCCAUUGAGAAGGUUGAUGAUCUUCUAGAAAGUUACAUGGGCAUCCGUGACACAGAACUCGCUGCUACCAUGGUGGAGCUGGGCAAGGACAAGCAAAACCCUGACGAAUUUGCUGAGGCACUGGACGAACAACUUGGUGACUUUGCCUUCCCAGAUGAGUUUGUCUUUGAUGUCUGGGGAGCCAUUGGAGAUGCCAAGGUUGGGCGCUACUAGGACUCUGCGCUCUGUUGGACCCUGCAGGCGGGACCAUUGGGCAGGCCCACUGGUGGGCCCGGCACAACACUGUGCCCUCCCCUUGAUGCUGGGCCACCUCUUUCCUCUCUAUAGGGACUGGAGCCAGGGCUACAGGGGCCACAGAGCAAUAAGUAACCUUCAUCAGUGACAGGAGUGUAAUGUAAGAGGGGCAAGAAAAACUGUUGUUGCUGCUGCGUCUCACCUCCUUGAGCAUAGAGACUCCUCCCACAGAUGAGUGUAGUCUUCCAGGAGGGCAUCUUGUCAGUUUCCUUGUCUGAUUUAAGCAUGUUUUGGCCCAUUCUGGUUCCCCAGCCUGUCCUUGUGUGGCAGAGAAGAUAACAGGAUGCUGAAUUGAGACCUGAGAGAGCGACACAUUGGUUUUGGCAUCCUGACAUACCUGGAGAGUCCCACAGACACUGCAGUGGAGAUGGCUUGGUGAGGGAUGGCUUACAUUAGCUGUUUGCAGCCUCAGAUGCUCCUAGCUGUACAUUUCUGUUGUAAGCAAAUCAAGACCUAAGAGGGUAUGCUCUCUUCUUUUCUUUCUCAGAAUUAUCAUCUUCUCCACCUUGACUUCAUUUUGGUACGAGAUACAUGUUGGCAUGUCCUUUUUCUUGCAGUAGGCUUAUUCCACAAAGGCGCAGUUUCAUUUACUCUGUUGCAUACACACAUGAACCCUCACAGCCUUUUUAGAGUGCGCCCUGUUUGUUUAGUGUCCUUUUGCUCCUUGCAGCUCACUUAUAGGCCUUAAGAUAGGGGAGACAUCCCAUGGUUCUCUGGAGGAGAGGAGGGGACACACUUGUUGUCUGUCUUGUUUUCUAUAGAUGUCCUUCCAAAAGGGAAAAAAAAACCCUGUGGAUCUGGGCACCAGUUCUGCCCCAGAGGUCCCAGGUUAUUCUCCUUAAGAUGCUGCUCAUCAGCACUUGGAGGCCCUCCUAAGACCAGCAGCAGGGUUUGCUCACUGUUCUCGGUUUGGGUAUGCCCUUAUCAAUAUCUGUCUUGACUAAUCUGUUCAUUUUUAUUAUACUGACCUUCCUCCCAGAGUGACCUAGUUAGUCUGUAAAGCUCCCUGUAUUAAAUUAUUUAUCUCUCAGUGACAUACACUCCCAACAUACUGAUCCUCUAACCGGUGUUACAUCCAGGCCUGUCGUUUGGGUUGUGCCUGGUUGUCUCAAGAGCUAAGAAGGUUCCACUGAAUUACACCUCAUAACCCAGUUCACCUACUGUAUCUUUAAAGCACUAACCCCAGAUAGGAUAUGGAGCCUUGUUGCCCUCUGGACCAUACCUCAAGCUCAGAGAGGGUAAGCCCUGCCUACCUGUGUCCUGGCACUGAAAGCUUCUUGGAUGGACUAGGCACCAUGUUCUCCUUGGCAUAUUUUUGUAUUUUAUGUGUAAAUCAUCUUUAAGAUAAAAUAUAUUGACACUA